AUGUCCUCUCCUACAGAAGACUUUUCCAAAACGCCCAAGGAUGCGCGGCUGAUCCACCUCAUCAUGACCUCUCUCGGGGUCCCCGCGUACUCCCAGUCUGUGCCGCUGCAAUUGCUAACAUUUGCUCAUCGAUACACACAGCAAAUCAUUCAAGACUCACACGUGUAUGCCGAGCACGCUCGAGGAACCAACGCCGCCAUCAACGUCGACGACGUCCGUCUGGCUAUCGCCUCCCAGAUAAACCACUCGUUCACCGGCCCGCCUCCCAAGGAAUUUCUCCUCGAGCUCGCCAACGAACGCAACCGCAAGCCUCUCCCUCAGGUCCUUCCGGCCUACGGCCUCCGCCUGCCGCCCGAGAAGUACUGCCUCACACAGCCCAACUGGGCUACUCAAGGCCCGCCCCCGCAGGAGCAGCAACCCCCACAGCAGCAGACGGAGCAGGAGAACAAGCCAGGCGGAGGCGAGACGCGGUGA